GACCAGAUAGGUACCGGUACAUUGUACAUUGGGUAGGUAGGUACCUACUUGCCCCGACCUGACAGCCGCCACAUGAUUUCAUUUCAUUCCCUUCGUAGUGCUCACGAGACGCUUGUUCAUUGCCUGUUAGUUUUCUAUCAUCACUUUGGUCUGACAAUCAGGUGAAGAGUAAUCGAUUCGAUCCAUCUUGAGCAUAAGUGGUCCGUGCUCAGUGUAAACUCAACUUGGCCUGUUGAUGCGGUCUGGAUGCUCUGUACGCUAACCUCGAUCCACUCUCACGCCAAAUUUUCUCCCACUCCAUAAAUACGCGACCAGUCAUUCACUGCCCUUUCGACACGUACAUACAUCACCGCAUCUUCGACUCAUGCACAGACAGCUUGACAGCCAGACAGACAAAUAGCUCUACCAUGGCCGAGUCCAAUGCCCCUGCGCCCAGCAAGUACGUAACUCUGGCCUCGGGCGAUGGCUACGAGUUCGUCGUGCUGCGCGAGGCUGUCCUGGUAAGCUCAGCCAUCAAGGGAAUGCUGGACCCAAAGAGUCAAUUCAGCGAGGCACGUACAGGUCGAUGCUACUUCGAGGAGAUUAAUGGUGUCAUUCUUGAAAAAGUGGCCGAGUACUGCCAGUAUUGGUACAAGUACAAGGAGAGUCCAAAUGUUCCUGAUAUGGAUGUUCCUGUCGAACUCUGUCUUGAACUUCUGCAAGCUGCAGACUUCCUCGGAUUAGAUCGGCCAUCAUAAUCUUACCACUCUCAGCACGCGUUGGCCCUCUAGUCCAUCUAGAUGUAGAUCUCCGCGGCGUUUGCGGCAAAGGAGUAAUCAUAGUGCCUUUGAUACCACAAUGCAAUGCUGUAAUCAAACCAGCUGAAGGGAGGAGGGAUUGUGUACAGGCCUCAUUCAAACGCUGAGUCAUCUCACCUCAACGUACUUCCUCAACAUAGUCCAACUUGUCCCCAUACCGUAAGAGGAGACAAGAAAAAGGUAAUCUUCAGCUUGCUUGGGCUAGAUUGCAUCUAAUCAUUCUCAUUUUCUUCUACUCCAUCUUAGCAUAUGCGUUCAACUCCUCGCUCUCCCUUGGGUUGAACGUCUAAUAUCGAUGGUAGAUUGACAAUUUCUAUUGAUUCCCCCGUCACUCUGCGUGACUUGUGCUAUUUCUCCGUCGAGAUCAUGCUUUUUAGGAGGGGAGACAUUUCCAUAUCAGAGAUAAGAGAUUUAAUCGAAUAUGAUCAACCCAGUUUAUGUCUGUACAAUAGUAUCUAGUAAUACAUAGCAAUGAAUUUUGCCGCAAAUCUCCUACUAUGCUAUGUUCUAUCCGUUAAUAGCGAAGAUGCGUGUCCGUAGAAGACAAAAAUCACCGCCAACCACCGAAUCCCUUCCCCCUUCCCCUCCCUCGCCCUCCUCGUCCACGCCCUCCAC